GACUUCGCGACCAUGGAGGGACCCCAGAAGUUUCCGAGUGGGAGUCUCCGCCUGUGCUUCGCCCCGGCUGCUCGGACCAGUCUCCUGCUGCUCAGGCUCAACGAUGCGGCUCUGCGGGCUCUGCACGACUGCCAGCUGCAACAGGUCCGGCCAGUGAUCGCUUUCCAAGGCAACCGAGGUUAUCUGAGGCUCCCGGGACCUGGCUGGUCCUGUCUGUUUUCCUUCGUGCUGUCCCAGUGUGGUCAGGAACUUGGUGGAGGCGGUGGCAGUUUGGACCUGGUGUGCCAGCGCUUAGGCAGAUCUGCACCUAACCUCCUCCAUUGCCUGGGCCCACUCAGAGAGCGCCUUACUAUUUGCACAGCUAUGGAUUCUACAUCUUCAGUUCAGGGAUCCCAUCUGCACGAUGACAGGAAUCCUGAGAGCUGGUGCAGCACAACAGACUACAGUGGAGGAGCCGCUGUAUCCCAGCCCCAGGUGGCACUAGAGGAGGCAUCAGGUUCAUUGGCAAACAGCCAAGGACAGUCACUCCCAGGAUCCUCGAGGGAACCCAUGGCAAAGUGGGAAGUGAGGAAUCAGAUCUAUCUUCCAAACAGAGAGCCUGAUCAGACAUUGCCUUCAUCCACCAGCCAGAAACAUCUAGACAAGAAACGUCCAGCAACGACAGCAGCUCUAGACCAAAAAGAAAAAAGACUCAGAACUUUGCAUUCAGCAACAAGUCCCCUCCAAAGUCUGUCCAAUCAGGAUCUACAAGAAGAUGAUGACGACGACGACGACGACGAAGACGACGACUGGGAGGAAGAAGAUAAAGAUGAAGACCUGGGUCCCAGGCUGGGCCACAGUCCCUCAGAUCAGGCAGACUCUGAAUCCCCAAGUCCUGAAGAGGUACCAGAUUACCUUCUGCAGUACAGCACCAUCCACAGUGCAGAACAGCAACAGGCUUAUGAGCAGGACUUUGAGACAGAUUAUGCUGAGUACCGCAUCCUGCACGCUCGUGUUGGGGCUGCAAGCCAAAGAUUCGUAGAACUGGGAGCAGAGAUCAACAGAGUUCAGCGAGGAACUCCAGAACACAAGGUGCUGGAAGAAAAGAUACUACAGGAAUACAAAAAGUUCAGGAAGCGAUACCCAGGAUACAGGGAAGAAAAGCAUCGCUGUGAGUACCUGCAUCAGAAAUUAUCCCACAUUAAAGGCCUCAUCCUGGAAUUUGAAGAAAAGAACAGGGGCAGCUGAAAGGUUUUUAGUCUGUGCAUUGAGAGGUCUGAGGAAAAUGCAGUCAUAAACCAGAGUCCAAUUGUUUGUUCUUGUUGCGGAGUCCAGGGUGGCAAGUAGUAAAGCUGCUUCUGGUUCUAAUGGUUUUUCAUUGUUGUCAUAAUCUUUAGGGUGUGGGCAGU